UGGAACAGUGAGAGUUCGCGCCGGAGAAGGUGCGAUGGAGGAACUCUUUCAAUCCGUGCUCUCAGAAUGGACUCUUGAGAAAACCUCGUUGGCGGCAUCCGCUGUUAUUUUAAUUGGUUUCUUAGCUGUGUACAAGAUAUACAUUAGGCCUCUUCUGCCGGUACGAGUCAAAUGCUGGUUCUGCCACAAGAUAAAUGUUCUGCCUCCGGAUAACCUGAACCGAUUCGACUGCCGUUACUGUGAGCAGUACAAUGGAUUCUCCGACGGAGGCGACUACAACAAAGACAUACCGGCGCAGAGGGAUCCCGCGAUUAACGUUUUCUCUGCCGAGGCUCGCCACACCGGUGCUGAACUCAGCAUGUAUCACAAUGGCCUGUGUGAGUUCUGCAACAACAGGCAGGCUCGUAAGAUGAUUGCGCGGAACCAGUUUGAACCCAUGAAUUCGAAAACGGAACGAGAAGAGUUCGAACAAUAUUGCCGUCAACUCGAGAGGAAUUUCUCACUCUGCCCGUCUUGUGAGAGACACGUAAACACACGUAUCUCGUAUCAGAACGCCUACCUCGAUCCCUACGUUCGACGAUGGAUUUCAUCUCGAUGGCAUAGCCGAAUCGGAAGAUUUUUGUAUUCUGACUAUAUGCUCCUGUUGUGCACUUUUGGACCACCGGGAUCGUUCUACCUGUCAGGCUGGUGCCAAGCGAUACCACUCAUUUUCGUUUUCCUCCUUUUGCUGAGUGGUGCCGCGAAGAACAAGCUCACCUUUCUGUCUUACGUGUUCCGAGCAGCCACCGUAUACACAGACCUGUCGGGUACGCUCGUAGACAUUCAGCAUCGCAAUCUAUUGAAUAUCUGUAGCGUCAUUUGCGCUUGUGUGGCAGCGUUCGGAGCCCUUCAGAGUAUUGUCACCAAGCUCACCGGCAACAAAAAGAAAUCAUCGUAUCCUUUCAGUCGUGUGGAGGAUUUGAGUAAGGUUUUGAGUCCGCUCCUCAGCGCGAGCUAUUCCAAGCUAAAACAGACUCAGAAGUGGGUUCAGCAGAAAGCGCCUUCCCAACUUGACUCAGACCUAGAAGCUCUUUCCCUCGGGAAGCCGAGUCUCUCGCCACGAUCCCAAAUCAGUCGAACGCAAACCCAACUCUCGAGUAAUGCCCCGAGGACCUUCGUCUUCGGGAAGGCCGCACCCAGCUCUCCAGGAAUCGUCAAACGCAGUCGGUUCGGCCAAUCUUUUGAGGACCUUACGCCACCUCCGAGCCAAGACAAUUCGAGCUCAGAUUACUUCAUAUCGGCCUCCCGAUGGUGUUGCAGUGAGAAAAUAUCGGCUGCGCGGGAAAAAGAAGAUACGAAUUGGGACUCGCGAACCACAGCAACGCAACGCACCGUUCAUACGGUAUUCCAUGAUCCGCGAGAGAGUUCUCAGAAUGCCACCUGGGCGCUGGUUGUCCUUCUGGCGGCCCUCCUGCUCAAACUCAGUUGGCCAGACUUGCUCUAUGUAUCAAGGGCGGCAUACAAUUCAAUCUCGAGCCGUGUAGUAGUUUGA